CGCCCAUCGCAGCAUCGCUCCUUGGUAACGACCACCAGAUGAAUUCCACUUGGAACGGUGAACGGUCGCAUCCUUGGACAGCGCAGAGUGCUCAUGAGUGCCGAAACAGUCCCUAUAGAGGAUCUCGGUAGCAAACCGUGCCUGAAGCCAUGUAUUCCUAUGUAUGGCCCAUGCAAUCUGCGAGAUCUCAAAGGAGGAGAGGUCAAAUCCUGGUGCACUUGCGGAUUAAGCACAACACAACCGUGGUGCGAUGAUGUCAGCCAUAAAGGAACGGGCUUCAAACCCAAACGAUGGAAAGUUCCGACCGAUCAGACAUUAUUCUCUAUUUGCAACUGCAAGUACACCCGCGACCCGCCUUAUUGCGAUGCUACCCGUGCGUAUACCCAUUUGAAUCAAUAUUGAUUUGCCUCUGAAAUACGUAAAGCAACAGAAGGAAUGUACAAAAGA